AUGGCGGCCGUUCGAGCACCAAAACAAUGGUCUCUCACAACGACUGAAACAAUAACUUCCAUAGAGGCUUGGGAGAACAAUUUAAAAUACAUCCUAUCCCUAGACCAUAAUUUUGCUUCGUUCCUCACCGCUGGUGCUACUUGGCUAAAGAAAACCAAUGCCUCUCCUCUCCGUGGUUUUACCGACGAUGAUGAGGACAUUCCCCAGAUUCAACGCCGUACCGCUGCGCAAAAGGUGACUCAUCUCGAAAUGAUGCUUGGCCAAAUAGCUAACUAUGCUCCUGUUAUUUCUCGUAAUACGAUUGUACGAAAUUCGACCUCCAUCAGCGGUGUAUGGCAAGCCAUUCGACAACAUUACGGCCUGCAAUCUACUGGUUCCCGCUUCUUAGAUCUAGCUAAUAUCAAGGCCAAAUUAGACCAGAGGCCUGAAGACUUUUACCAAUGCUUGAUGUCCUUUGUUGAAGAUAAUUUAUUAACAGCAGCAGGCGGAAUAACUCAUCACGGAAUAACCCCAGAAGCUGAUGAAGAGCUAUCCCCCUCCCUCGAAAACUUUAUUGUAGUUACCUGGCUCCAACUCCUCCACCCAGACCUUCCACGUUUGGUUAAGCAAAGAUACGGUACAGAGCUCCGUUGCCGAACACUGGCCUCUAUAAAGCCUGAGAUAUCUCAAGCCCUCGACUCUUUGUUAGAGGAACUACGCACCAGCGAAGAAGCUAAAGUUCUGCGCACAAUCCACCCAAGCUUUGGAAGAUCACCCUGCCAGUGA